AGAUGGGGCUAUUCAGAUAGUGUUGCUAUAUCACUGAGCCAGGACAGCGAAGAGGCAGUCAGUGGGAGUGGUGAGGACUGGUUAGAGAGCGGCACGAGUAGAGGACAGCUGCCUUAUCAUGCCAGUCCUUGGGAAGCGGAGGAAGGUGGACCACAAUGGUUGCGACGCACGAAGGAGGGAGCCAUGGAAGUCAUAAGUGGGGGUGGAACCACGGCACAGAUUGACCCACUGCGAUUUUGUCGGUGGUUGUUGGCAAGGUGUCAGGAGAGAGGCGUGAACGUGCACAAUCCUGCGAGAGCACUGUCAUUGUCACGAGAUGAGAGUUGUGUGUUGAAUGGAAUACGCAUGAGUCACGACGGCGUAGAAUCAGAGCUACCAUGCACACGUCUAGUAAUCACAUCUGGCGCAUGGUCGCCUCGCGUCUUUAGUGCUCUCUUUCCUAGAACGACAACGCGAGUUCCCAUCUCUGCACUCGGCGGCCAUUCCCUGCUCAUACGAAAUCCGCAUUUCCAGCCUACCGAAGCCGAUAAUGGAUCGUGCCAUGCCGUUUUUGCAACAGAUACAUUAGGCUUCUCGCCAGAAUGGUUUGCACGGACUGGAGGGGAGCUGUAUCUCGCAGGCCUCACGACCACCACCAUCCCGCUACCCGAUGUCGCGACUGAAGUCAAGGCCAGCGGGGAGUCCAUCAAUCAGCUGAAGGCAUGCGCACGAGCUAUGAUAGCAGGUGUGCCUGGCCAGGACUUUGAAGUUUUGCGCGAGGCGCUGUGCUUCCGUCCCGUGACUUCAAGCGGACGCCCAAUUGUAUCAAGGAUACCAGACGGGAAGCUGGGUGGGAUGAAAACUCGGCCUGGUGCAAAAGGAGGGGUUUUCAUUGCAGCUGGACACGGUGCAUGGGGUAUCUCGCAUGCUCCUGGCACGGGAAUGGUACUUUCAGAGUUGAUUGAAGGCCGGCAAACGAGCGCAAAGAUCGAGGCACUGCGGUUUCCGUCUUGAAGUUAUCUGACAUCUGACAUAGUAGCAAGGUCUGACAAUUUAUACUACAUAUUGACACUUAUGAUGAAA